AAUGAAGCAGCAGCUAAGCGCAUUAGUGAAUUAGAUGCAGAAAAUAUGGUAUUGCAAGCUGAGAAAAAAGAGAAAGACAAACUUGAGAAACAACUGAUAGGAUACUACGAACGACUGACGGCAAACUACGAACGACUGACGGGAGAUUUGAGACAAAUAUCAUCACAAGUGACCGGCCUAGAAAACGCUCUUUCAUUAAAGGAAAGAGAAUUCAAUGAUUGCACUGAAGUACUAAAGGAAGCCAUCAGAAGCAGGGAUGAACAACUAGUUAAGCAACAAAAAAACAACAUGGAGCUACUAAAGAAAAGAGAAACUGAUUUAAAGGAGAAGCAUUCGACAAAGCUUUCUGAAGCAAAGAAAGAAUUUGAAUCAAAGCUAGAUGAGUAUGAAUCAAAGCUGUUUAUAAUGGAAAAAGAAUAUAAAGCCAAUUUGUCUAGAAUGAAGGAAGAGUAUGAAGCAAAAAUUUUGGCUACAACAGAAAAUUAUGAGGAGCAAUUAUCUAUCAGUCGUGAAGAAUGCGAGAUAAGAGUAGCAGAAGUAAUGGAGGAGCUUACCUUGAAAUCACGUCAAGCACUCGAAAAUGCCAUUGUAUCAAAAAAUGAAAUAUUAUCAUCCUUUCAGUCUCUACCGAUAGCCAGCAUUCCUUCAUAUAAAGCUCAAAAUGAAAUGAUUCAAGCGCAUUACCUUUCACAACGAGGAAACAUGAAGAAAGGAGACAGAUGGUAUCUUGUUGAUGUGGAAUGGUUCAGGCAGUGGAAGAAAUACACUGGAUUUGAUUCAUGGGAUCAAGAUAGUGCUGGACAAGCAAGUGCUCAUCCAGGACCAAUUUUUAAUGGCACUUUGUUUAUAGAACGAUUAUUUAUAGGCAAUGUAUCUGAAACAUUAAAGGAUCAUCUAAUUGAAGAGCAACACUAUGCACUACUACCUGAGCUUGCAUGGAAUCUUUUACUGAGUUGGUAUGGACUAUCAGUAGGAUCAAGACCUAUUAUUAGGACUGUAGUAGAGUAUGGUUCAUGUACCAAGCACUUGAAUGUUGAAGUUUACUUGAUUGAUUUACAGUUGUAUUUACAUCCUAACACUAAUAAUAUUAAAAGGCAUUCAUUUAGUCGAGCAGAUGCAGUCAGCUGUAUAAUGACAGUAAUAAAGGAACAGUUCAAUAUUCCUGAUACUACUGAAUGUAGACUGUGGCAGCAUUACAUGUCAGGAAAUUAUGAAUUAUUAACUGAUGUUGAACAAGCAAUAUCAGAUGCUGGUAUAUAUGGGUCACAAAAGAUAGCAUUGGAAAUAAGAAAUCCAGAUGGUACAUGGCCAAAAAGCAAAACUAAAUGAUUUGGAAUAUUGUGCUUUAUCUUUGCUCAAAUCAUAGUUAGAAUUUUAUUUUUUAAUAAGUAACUAUAGAUCUAUUUUUGGUUAACAGAUUUAUGUUCAUAAGUUUAAUGUAUAGUUGUGAUGGAUUUGUAGCUUAUCUGUCACUUGUGUAUCAUAUAGAUCUAAAGUCAUAGAAAGUCAUAGAUCUAGUUAUUAUAGCCAAGGGCACUAUUUCCUCUUAUGUGGUUUCUGGUUUCAAAAUGGACAAAGGUCAACUUCAGCCAUUACUACUGCCUGAUAUAAAGGAGACUGGUAAAGAGUUAGGUCGUGGAGCUUAUGGUGUUGUUACUGAAGUAAUAGUUAGUGGAACAACCUGUGCUGCUAAAAAGCUUCAUGAUGCUAUUGUACAGGGAUACACUUUGAAGAAAUUUUGUGAUGAGGUGCUUCUUCACAGUCAGCAAAGGCAUCCUAACAUUGUCCAGUUAAUUGGUGUCUAUUAUCCUCCUCGUUCACAAUUACCAAUGUUAGUAAUGGAGUAUCUUCCUUUAUCACUCACACAAUGUCUGGAGAGAGAAGAGCUACCACUUCAAAUGAAGUAUUCUAUUCUUCUUGAUGUUGCUAAGGGUUUGUGUUAUCUUCAUGGUAAACGUCCUCCUAUUGUACAUCGUGACCUCACUGCUAAUAACGUGUUACUGACCUCUUCAUACUCAGCUAAGAUAUCAGAUCUAGGAGUAUCAAGAUUAGCCGAUACCUUUAAAAAGCAUCACCUCACUACAGCACCUGGUAAUGCUAUCGUAAUGCCACCAGAAGCUCUUGAAGAUAAUCCGGUAUAUGAUCACAAGUUAGAUGUAUUCUCUUAUGGUUGUCUCAUUCUUCAUGUACUUACUGGUCAAUUCCCUGAGCCUACAAACCAGUUUGUACGUAUACCUGGCAAAGAGCACUUCAGGAAAGUAUCAGAAUGGGAUAGAAGAUCAAGCUAUAUUAAAAAUAUAC